AUGGAAUCCGAUCCUUCCACGCCAGAUCUUCCAGUCAUAUCUCCAUUUGAAAAAGGAUCGUUCUACGAACUUGUGUCAGACGGAAAACUGCGCGCCUAUGAAAUCAAGAGCUUUGGUCCUAAUACCGCCACUAUAUAUUACAUCGAAUCCAACGAGACCCUGUCAAAGAGCAAGUUCGACCUCCUGAUCCACAAAGGAGACUCUAAGGGUGGAGAGGUUCUCGGUGUCGCAAAAAGACACAUGCGUGGUUUCACUAUCGGACUCGGCGACCCAGCCGGAGAGAUUGAGGGAAAGCAAAUUAUUUGGGAGAAAUUGGAGCGACCGGAGAAGUAUAGCCACAAGGUAUACCAUUUCGAUUUUGGAAAAGGGGAACAGAGGUCGACAUACACAUUUCGCAAAGCAACCGGCAGGACGGGGAGGCUGAAGAGCAUGGAACUUCGUGUUGGAGGGGUUGAUGAGGAGGAUGGGAAACUAGUCGCGAAGUGGGUAGGAAGCAGCCGUUGGAAUAUGAAGAAUGGCAGCUUGUUUGUUGCAGAUACAGUGAAGAGGGAGCAAGACUCAAAGCAAAAUGCAUUGCGAGAGGGAGAUGCCAAUGAUUUGGAGAUGAUUGUCUAUUUGACUACAUUUGCAAUUAUUGAGAGUCAGGUCAGGAGGAGCAAGGGUUGA